AGAGAGCAGAAAUAGGGGCGGCCCGGCGCGCUCCGUGGACUCGUUCAGCGCUGCGCCCGGCCCAGUCCGGCCCACUUAGCUCACCCCGGGGUCCGCCGCAGACCUGAAAUGAUGAAAUCAAGAAGCUUUUGGUUGUCUCUCGUAUUGCUUGGGGUUUUCCCACCCAUCACAAGGGGAUGGAUGGAUGUGGACAGGAGCAGAAGACUGUAUUCAGAUGUGGGGAGGUUGCAUCAAGAGGACUCCAGAAGGUUUGAAGUUACAAGAAGAAAAGUGCUUUAUGGGCAGGAUGGGCUCCAUGCGUCGUGUGAGAAGAAGUACUGUGGCCGGGGGAGUGAGUGUGUGGUGAACAAGGAUACCAACCAGCCUGAGUGCAGAUGCAUAGAGAAUUGCAAGUCUAGCUACAUGCCUGUGUGUGGAUCUGAUGGCAAAUUCUAUGAAAAUCAUUGCCAGCUGCAUCAAGCUUCCUGCCUGCAGAGGAAAAAAAUCUACAUUAUCCAUAGCAAGGACUGUUUUUUCAAAGGUGACACUUGUACAAUGGCAGACUACAGUCGGCUCAAAAGCAUCCUCCUGGACCUGCAGGCUCAUCGGCGGAGCCCACCGAGCAGCCUGGCCGAGGACAGGGUAUCCCAGAAGCGCUUCUUAGUUGAAGAUCUGUUUAAGCACUUGGAUCUAAACAGUGAUGGGCAUCUCAGCAGCUCUGAACUGGCUCAGCUAAUGAAGAAGGAGGACCUGGAAGAUGAUUUAUUGGAUUGUACACUAGAAGACCUUCUCCGCUUCGAUGAUUACAACAACGAUGGCCACUUAACCCUGCAGGAGCUCUACACAGCCUUCCAGGUGGUUCAGCUGAGCCUUCCUGAGGACCAGAAGAUCAGUGUUACCACCAUCACUGUUGGCCUCAGCACUGUCCUGACGUGUAGCAUCCGCGGGGCACUGCGACCUCCCAUCAUCUGGAAACGCAACGGAGUCAUCCUCAACUUCCUUGACUUGGAGGACAUCAAUGAUUUUGGAGAAGAUGAUUCCCUCUACAUCACCAAGGUAACAACUAUUCACAUGGGCAAUUACACCUGUCAUGCCUAUGGCUAUGAAGAGCUGUAUCAGACCCACAUCCUUCAGGUGAAUGUGCCGCCGGUGAUUCGUGUCUACCCCGAGACGCAGGCGCAGGAGCCCGGUGUGUCGGCCAGCCUGAAAUGUCAUGCCGAAGGCAUCCCUAAUCCUCGGAUUAGCUGGCUGAAGAACGGCAUUGAUAUCAUGCCAAAACUCUCCAAACAACUCACACUGCUAGCAAAUGGAAGCGAGCUUCAUAUCAGUAGUGUGCGGUAUGAAGACACCGGUGCCUACACCUGCAUUGCUAAAAAUGAAGUGGGAGUGGACGAGGACAUAUCUUCACUUUUCAUAGAAGAUUCAGCAAGAAAGACCCUUGCAAACAUACUGUGGCGAGAGGAAGGCUUGAGUGUUGGGAAUAUGUUCUAUGUCUUUUCUGAUGAUGGGAUCACAGUCCUUCAGCCAAAUGAAUGUGAAAUCCGGAGACAUAUCAGGCCUGAAGAGAGGAUUUUCACAAGUUAUGAAGAGAUCUGUCCUAGACUGGAAGGGGAAGGCACUCAGUCCUGCCUCUGGGCUUCAGCGGUCAAUGUCAGAGACAAGUACAUUUAUGUGACACAGCCUAAGCAGAACAGAGUGAUGAUAAUUGAUAUCCAGACUCAGAAAGCCAUGCAGACCUUGGAUGUUGACCCAUUGCCAACUAAAUUACAUUAUGACAAGUCCCACGACCAAGUCUGGGUGCUUAGCUGGGGUGACAUGCAGAAGUCCUCUCCAACACUGCAGGUAAUACCAGAGGCAAGCACCGGGGAAGAGCAGCGUGUGAUCCGCACGCCCUUCCAAGGAGUGGAGGAUUUUUUUAUACCACCUACAAAUCUUAUUAUUAAUCAUGUCAGGUUUGGCUUCAUCUUCAACAAAUCGAAACCUGCAGUUCACAAAAUUGACCUGGAAACUGUGACCCACAUCAAGACUAUCAACUUCAAGAACCAUAGCUGCAUCCCACAGACCAUGGCCUACACCCACUUGGGGGGUUACUUCUUUGUCCAGUGCAGGAGGAGCAGGUCAAUGGCUGUGUCCCCACAGCUGAUUAUCGACAGUGUCACAGAUGCUGUCAUCGGCCCCAACGGGGAGGUGUCAGGCACACCUCACGUCUCGCCGGACGGACGCUACUUGGUCAGCACGGAUGAAGACAGUGGCAGGAUCAAAGUGCAGGCUCUGACUGUCCGAGGGGAAAUCGAGUUGAUUUAUGACUUACAAACAAACGUACACGUAUCUGAUCUGACAUUUCAACCCUCUUUCACUGAAGGCAAUCAGUACUAUAUAUAUGCUACUUCAGAUUUGCAAACAGAUGUGCUUUGUGUAGAGCUGUCAACGGGGAAAAUGAAUGUACUGAAGAAUUUAAAGGACCCUAUCACAUCCAAAGACUGGCCCUGGAGCAGCUACAACAGAAUUGUGAAGGACAGUGGAUUAUUUGGACAGUAUCUCAUUACACCAGCUAAAGAUUCAUUGUUUGUUAUAAAUGGGAGGCAAAAUACGUUACGCUGUGAGGUUUCGGGGAUAAGGAGGGGUAACACAGUGGUGUGGGUUGGAGAGGUAUGAAAAGGCAAGAGCAGUAGAGCCUUCAGCAGGCAAGUACCAGUCGGACCUUUCCACUGCAGCAAAGGAGCAGUAGCAUUGUAUAUUUUUACACUGGGAACAAAACAAAAGAAGAAGAAAACAAAAAAAAAAAAAGGGAAAAAAAAAAGGAAAAAAAAAAAAAGCAAAGCAAAAACAAAAAUCCCCUGUACAGGCUUCAUGGUACAACACUGGUCUACUUGCAAGUUUUUUAAGCUAAGGUGUGCUCUGCUAAUAGGAAGUGGUUUUGAAGGGAGGUUUUUUAUUUGUGGGGAUGAUACGUGGAUAUGAGGGGGAAUAAAACACUGGGAAGCGAAUAAUAUCUCCACUGAGAUAUUGUAGAAGCCACGAAACCUAGUGACCCUGUUAGAACAAACCCAAUUUCGAGUUUCCAUCCUGAGGAGUUUUUACUUUCUGUUCAAGCCGUCAGUUUUCUCUGCUGUCCUUACCUUGCCUGUUAGCUGUGCUUACUACCCGACCCCAACCCAGAGGGACUGCAGCAGUGGGGACCGCAGCUAAAUCCUCCUUUGGAUGAGGAGGGAAACCAAGAUCAGCCAGCAGUUUUCAACCCUCUGAAACUGAGGAGAGUGAUGUAAUGAAAACUGAUCCUUUUUUUCUGCAGGAUGGCUUUGGGAGGAUUCAGGGAUGUGGUUUCAGGAGGAAGACACAGCAGAAAUAGUAACUGUCAGCUCACUGUCUUCUGUGCUUCAUUUUGCUCUGGGUACUACUGAAGGCAACGUUCUGAGUCGUCCUCCCCUUCUCUUGAAUAUUUGUGUGAUUGCAUCUGAGAAAUUUGGUGUGAAGUAUCCAGGCCAUUAGAGGGGGUAAAGCCAGGAAACACUUGGAGGGGUGUUCAGAGUUUGUAAAAAUGUUGUUGGGAAGGGGGCAUGAGUCUUUCAGCAGCUUGUGAGUGCCCUGGGCUUGGGCACAAUAUGCAAAAUCUGCUCUUCAGGGGCAGAGAAUUUGUUAUGGUUAUUCCCAUAGGAGACAGCAACACUUCUAGAGACUGUUGGUUUCUCUCAUGAAAUAUUUAGUGGCACUGAAGUCACUUGGUUCUUCAUAAACUAAUAGCUACAAUGGCAGAGGGUAUUUUUAGUAGAA